GCCGCCGGCCGCCCGGCCAUGCUGUAGCCCCCCGGGGCUGGUGGGGCCCCAUGGCCCGCGCGGACGCCGCGGCCCCCCGCGGCCCCCCGGCUCGUCCGGCCGCCGCCGAGGUCCGUCCGGAUGCCGAGGUCCCCCGGGAGCCCGCGGCCGGCCGAAGCCCCGCGGCCCGUCUAGACGCUGGCGGCCACCGAGGCGUCGAGGUCCACCAAGACAUGGGGGUCCCCCAAGACACCGAGGUCCCCCAACGCGCCGUGGCCAACCGAGGCCCCGCGGCCUGUCUAGACGUCGAGGUCCACCAAGACACGGAGGUUCGCCAAGACACGGGGGUCCGCCAAGGCCCCGUGGCCAACCGAGCUGCUGCGGCCUGUCUAGACGUCGAGGUCCCCCAAGGCGUUGAGGUCCCCCAACGCGCCGUGGCCAACCGAGGCCCCGUGGCCCGUCUGGACGUUGAGGCCCACCGAGGCACCGAGAGCCGCCAGGGCUCCACGGCCAACCAAGUCUCUACGGCCUGUCUAGACCCCGAGGUCCACCAAGACCCCAAGGUCCGCCAGGACUUUAUGGCCAACCAAGCCUCUAUGGCGCAUCUAGACUCCGGUGUCCACCAAGCCAUGAAGGUCCCCCAAGCCGCGAAGGUCCCCCGGCGCUUCUCGGCCGGCCAAGCUUCUGCAGCCCAUCGAGACGCCAAGGUGCACCAGGACACCGAGGUCCAUCAGGCCUCCGAGGUCCACCAAGACGUGAAGGUCCCCCAGAACUCCCCGGCCAACCAGGCCUCUGUGGCCUGUCUAGACGCCAAGAGGCACCAGGACGCCAAGGUCCACCACGACACGAAGGUCCACCGAGGCCCCAUGGCCAGCCGAGCCUCCCAGGUGCACCAAGGCACCAAGAUGCACCACGAUAUGGAGGUCCAGCCGGGCCCCAUGGCCAGCCAAGCCCCUGCGGCCUGUCUAGACGCCAAGAUGCACCAAGACAUGGAGGUCCGCCAAGGCCCCAUGACCGACCGAGCUUCUGUGACCCAUCAAGGCUCCAAGGCGCCCCAAGAAAUGGAGGUCCGCCAAGGCCCCAUGACCAACCGAGCCUCCAAGGUGCAUCAAGACAGUGAGACGCACCAAGACAUGGAGGUCCGCCAAGGCCCCAUGACCAACCAAGCCUCCAAGGUGCAUCAAGGUGCCAAGAUGCACCAAGACAUGGAGGUCCACCAAGGCUCCAAGGCCAAUGGAGCCUCCCAGGUGCAUCAAGACAGUGAGAUACACCAAGACAUGGAGGUCCACCAAGGCUCCAAGGCCAACGGAGCCUCCGAGGUGCAUGAAGGCACCAAGACGCACCAAGACAUGGAGGUCUACCAAGGCUCUAUGGCCAACGGAGCCUCCAAUGUGCACCAGGACACCAAGAUAGACCAAGACAUGGAGGUCUACCACCAUUUCAAGGCCAACGGAGCCUCCGAGGUGCAUGAAGGCACCAAGACGCACCAAGACAUGGAGGUCCACCACGGCUCCAAGGCCAACGCAGCCCCCGACGUGCAUCAAGCCGCCGAGACGCACCAGGACACGGGGGCCCACCGCGGCCCCAGGAUGCCCGGGGACGACGACCACCACCGCCGCCGCCGCCGCCCGCCCCCCGGGGCCGCCCCGCGGCUGGGCCUGGCGCUGCUGGCGCUGGGGGCCCUGCUGGCGCCGGGGGCGGGGGGCCGGGCGCUGGAGUUCGGGGGGGCUCCGGGGCAGUGGGCGCGCUACGGGCGCUGGGCGGGCGGCGCCGGGGCCGGGGCCGAGCUGAGCUUCCGGCUGCGGACGACGACGGCGGCGGCGGGGCGGGCGCUGCUGCUCUACCAGGACGACGGCGGCGACUGCGACUUCCUGGAGCUGCUGGUGGCGGCCGGGCGGCUGCGGCUGCGCUUCGCCAUCGGCUGCGGGGCGCCGGCGGCCGUGGAGGCGGCGGCGGCGGUGGGCGACGGGCGCUGGCACGCGGUGCGGCUGCGGCGCGAGGGGCGGCGGGCGGCGCUGGCGGUGGACGGGGCGGCGGCGCGGGCGGGGGCCGUGCGCUCCCGCCGCCCCGACAUGGCGGUGGCCAGCGACCUCUUCGUGGGCGGCAUCCCGCCCGAGCUGCGGCUCUCGGCGCUGACGCUGCGCUCGGUGCGCGACGAGCCGCCCUUCCGCGGCUGGCUGGCCGACCUCCGCGUCGGCGGGGCCCCCGCCCCGCUCCUGGCCGCCCGCGGCGUCCGGGGGGCCGCCUGCGCCCGACGGCCCCCGCCGCCCCGCUGCCGCUGCCCCGACGGCGACGGUGACGGUGACGACGGCGACGAUGGUGACGAUGACGACGGCGACGACGGCGACGACGGCGGCCACGGGCCCCUCUGCGAGCAAGAGGAGCUCCCCGUGCAAGGUCCUGCUCACCUGAUGCUAAGCAGCCAAGGGCCCACGGAGGUCGCCGAGGGGGGGCCCAGCCCCGGCGCCGCCGAGAGCCAGCAUGCGGCAAAAGGGAGCGCGGAGUACGUGGCCACCUUCAAGGGCGCCGAGUUCUUCUGCUACGACCUGUCGCAGAGCCCCAUCCGCAGCAGCGCCGACGAGCUGACGCUGGCCUUCCGCACGCGCCAGCGCCACGGGCUGCUGCUGCACACGGGCCGCUCCGCCGACUACGUCAACCUCUCGCUCAAGAGCGGCGCCGUCUGGCUCGUCAUCAACCUGGGCUCCGGCGCCUUCGAGGCCCUCGUGGAGCCCGUCAGCGGCAAGUUCGACGACGACGCCUGGCACCACGUCCGCGUCACCCGCAACCUGCGCCAGCACGCGGGCAUCGGACACGCUAUGGUGACCAUCGCGGUGGACGGCAUCCUCACCAGCACGGGCUACACGCAGGAGGACUUCACCACGCUCGGCUCCGACGACUUCUUCUACGUGGGCGGCAGCCCCAGCCCCGCCGACCUGCCCGGCUCCCCCGUCAGCAACAACUUCAUGGGCUGCCUCAAGGACGUGGUGUACAAGAACAGCGACCUGCGGCUGGAGCUGUCGCGGCUGGCGCAGGAGGGCGACGGGCGGGUGCAGCUGCACGGGGCGCUGCGCUUCGGCUGCGAGGCCGUGGCCGCCCCCGAGCCCGUGAGCUUCGCGGCGCCGGGCGCGGUGCUGGCGCUGCCGGCCGGGCCCCCCCGGCGCUCGGGCUCCCUCUCCUUCGACUUCCGCACCACCGAGCCCAACGGGCUGCUGCUCUUCGGGCACGGGCGGCCCCCGGCCCCCGGCCCCGGCCCCCCCCGCGCCGACCUCUUCGCCCUGGAGCUGCUCGACGGCCACCUCUACCUGCUGCUGGACAUGGGGGCGGGCGGCGUGCGGGUGCGGGCCAGCGCCCGCAAGGUCACCGACGGCGAGUGGUGCCACGUCGACGUCCAGCGCGACGGCCGCAAAGGCUCGGUGUCGGUGAACAGCCGCAGCACCCCGUUCCUGGCGGGCGGCGAGCGCGAGGUCCUGGACGUGGGCGCGGAGCUCUUCGUGGGGGGGCUGCCGGCGGGGCGCCCGGGCCCCCCCCCGCCGCCGGAGGUGUGGACGGCGGCGCUGCGCUACGGCUACGUGGGCUGCCUGCGCGACCUCUUCGUGGACGGGCGCAGCCGCGACGUGCGGGCGCUGGCGGCCGCCCAGGCCGCCCCCGGCGUGGCCCCCGCCUGCCCCCGGCAGCCCCCCCGGCACUGCGCCGCCGGCCCCUGCCGCCACGGCGGCCUCUGCCGCGAGGGCUGGAACCGCUUCGUCUGCGACUGCCUGGCCACCGGCUACCUGGGCCCCCGCUGCGAGACAGAGGCGGUGGUGCUGAGCUACGACGGCAGCGCCUACCUGAAGGUCGCGGUGGUGGGGCCGGCGCAGACGGAGGCCGAGGACGUGGCGCUGCGCUUCAUGUCGCCGCGCGCCUACGGGCUGCUGCUGGCCACGGCCUCGCGCCGCUCCGCCGACACCCUGCGCCUGGAGCUCGACGGCGGCCGCCUCAAGCUCACCGUGCACCUGGACUGUGAGCGGACGGGCUGCCGCCCCAGCAAGGGCCCCGAGACGCUGUUCGCGGGGCAGCGGCUGGACGACAACGAGUGGCACACGGUGCGGGUGACGCGGCGCGGCCGCAGCCUCCAGCUCUCCGUUGACAACGUCACCGUGGAAGGGCAGCUGCCGGGGCCGCCGAGCCGCCUGGAGCUGCACAGCCUGGAGACGGGCCUGGCCACGGAGCGCCGCUUCCUGCCGGCGCCGCCGCCCGCCUUCCUGGGCCACCUGGCCGGGCUGCUCUUCAACGGGCUGCCCUACCUCGACCUCUGCGCCCGCGGCGAGCUCGGCGCCUGCCAGCUCACCGCCCGCCCGGGCCGCCGGCCCGUCCGCGCCUCCCCCGUGGCCUUCGGCGGCCGCGGCUCCUACGUGGCCCUGCCGGGGCUGCCGCCCGCCGCCGCCCUCCACCUCUUCUUCCAGUUCCGCGCCGCCGCCCCCGACGGCCUCAUCCUCUUCAGCGGCGGCGACGGCGGCGACUUCCUCGUCGUCGAGCUCGUCAAGGGGUACAUCCACUACGUGUUCGACCUGGGGGACGGGCCGUCGCUGAUGAAGGGCAACUCGGAGCAGCCGCUGCACGACGGGCGCUGGCACGAGGUGGCGGUGGCCCGCGAGGGGGGCGGCCUGCACGGGCUGCGCGUGGACGGGCGCCCCGUCACCCAGCACGGCCCCGGCGCCCGCACCCUCGACCUCAAGGGGGAGCUGUACGUGGGGGGCGUGAGCCGGGGGCUGCUGGGGCGGCUGCCGCGGCUGGUGGCGUCGCGCGGCGGCUUCCAGGGCUGCCUGGCCUCGCUCGACCUCAACGGGCGCCUGCCCGACCUGCUGGGGGAGGCCCUGCACCGGGGGGGGCGCGUCGAGCGCGGCUGCAGCAGCCCCAGCACCACGUGCACGGAGGAGUCGUGCGCCAACCAGGGCGUCUGCCUGCAGCAGUGGGACGGCUACGCGUGCGACUGCACCAUGACCUCGUACGGCGGCCCCGGCUGCAGCGACCCGGGCACCACGUACAUCUUCGGCAAGGGGGGGGCGCUCAUCACCUACACGUGGCCCCCCAACGACCGGCCGAGCACCCGCGCCGACCGCCUGGCGCUGGGCUUCAGCACGCAGCAGCGCGACGCCGUGCUCGUGCGCGUCGAGAGCGCCGCCGGCCUCGGCGACUUCCUGCAGCUCCACAUCGCGCAGGGCGCCGUGGGGGUGCUCUUCAACGUGGGCACGGAGGACAUCGCGCUGGAGGAGCGGGGGGCGGCCGUGAGCGACGGGCGCUUCCACGUCGUCCGCUUCACCCGCAGCGGCGGCAACGCGACGCUCCAGGUCGACGGGGGCCCCCUGCACGAGCGCUUCCCCGCAGGCAGCGCGGAUAGCGAGCGGCUGGCGAUUGCCCGGCAGCGCAUCCCCUACCGGCUCGGCCGGGUGGUCGAUGAGUGGCUGCUCGACAAAGGGCGGCAGCUGACCAUCUUCAACAGCCAGGCGGCCGUGCGGGUGGGGGGCCGCGACCGGGGCCGCCCCUUCCAGGGGCAGCUCUCGGGCCUCUACUACAACGGGCUCAAGGUGCUGGCGCUGGCGGCCGAGGGGCACCCGCGCGUGCGCCUGGAGGGCGACCUGCGCCUGGUGGGCGAGCCGCCCCCCCCCGCGCCCCCGGGGGCCACCGCCGCCCCCCCCGACAUGGCCACCACCAUCAUGGAGACCACCACCACCAUGGCCACCACCACCACGCGCCGCGGGCGCUCCCCCACCCUGCGCGACACCGUGGCCCAGAACACGGACGAUCUCUUGGUGGCGUCGGCCGAGUGCCCCAGCGACGACGAGGACCUGGAGGAGUGCGAGCCCGGCACAGCGGAGCCGGGGGGGGGCCGCCCCCCGCCGCCCCCGCCGCCGCCGCCGGGCGCCGUGGAGGUGGUGCGCGAGGCCGGCAGCACCACGGGCAUGGUGGUGGGCAUCGUGGCCGCCGCCGCCCUCUGCAUCCUCAUCCUCCUCUACGCCAUGUACAAGUACCGCAACAGGGACGAAGGCUCCUACGGCGCCGAGGCGGCCGCCGCCGCCGCCGCCGCCGCCCGGGCAGGGGGGUCCCGCGGGGCCGCCGCCGCCGCCGCCGCCGCCGCCGCGGGGGGGGCCGGCAAGGAGAAGCCGCCCGGCCCCGCCAAGGCGCCUGCCAAGGGGAAGAAAAACAAGGACAAGGAGUAUUACGUGUGAGCGCCCCGGAGCCAGCGACGCGGGGUGUCGUGUCCCCCCCCCGACGGAGAAGGAGCGACGCGGGGCCCCCUCCCCGGACCGAC